GCAGGAAUGAAGGUGGGUCAAAGUAUGGGUACUGUCGCAAAGUGGAUGACACACAGAUUCCCUGCAAAUCAACUGAUGCCAUGUGUGGGAAGUUGUUCUGUCAAGGUGGGUCAGAUACUUUGCCUUGGAGAGGACAUAUUGUAACUUUCCUGACAUGUAAAACAUUUGAACCUGAAGACAGCAGUCAAGAAGUAGGCAUGGUAGCCAAUGGAACCAAGUGUGGAAACAAGAAGGUUUGCAUUAAUGCAGAAUGUGUAGAUAUUGAAAGAGCCUACAAAUCAACCAACUGCUCCUCCAAGUGCAAAGGACAUGCUGUGUGUGACCAUGAUCUCCAGUGUCAGUGUAAAGAAGGAUGGGCCCCUCCUGAUUGUGAUGACUCUUCAGUGGUCUUCCGAUAUGGGACCUUAGAUGAAG